GACCUGGACCACGUGCAGAUGCACCUGGAAGAAGUGAGGUUCUUUGAUUUAUUCGGCUACAGUGAGGAAGCAGGAACUUGGCAGUGCUUCAUGUGUAAUAACCCUGAAAAGGCAACAGUUGUGAAUCAGGAUGGCCAACCUCUGAUUGAAGGCAAGCUUAAAGAGAAGCAAGUCCGGUGGAAGUUUAUCAAAAGGUGGAAAACUCGCUACUUCACUCUGGCUGGCAACCAGCUGCUUUUUCGGAAAGGAAAAUCCAAAGACGACCCUGACGACUGCCCCAUUGAGCUCAGCAAGGUGCAGAGCGUUAAAGUGGUGGCAAAGAAACGCAGGGACCGCAGCCUGCCCCGGGCCUUUGAGAUCUUCACCGACAGCAAGACCUAUGUUUUCAAGGCCAAAGACGAGAAGAACGCCGAGGAGUGGCUUCAGUGCAUCAACGUCGCUGUCGCGCAGGCUAGAGAGCGGGAGAGCCGAGAGGCCCACCUCCGUGGCCAUGCCAGCAAACCAAACAUGCCUGGGACCGCUCUGGCACAGAGCAUCCUGCUGGCACCUCCGUGGCCGUGCCAGCAAACCAAAC